CAGACCAGCAGCCUCUUACCACAGCGCAAGACCUAACGGAGCUACUAUACCGGGGAACCAGAACGGACAGGGCUCCAGGAUGUCUCCGAGGUCUCGUGCGUGAAAAACCAGAGAAGGAACUAUCGAAACAGACACUGCAACGCGAGGCAGUAGUUUAAUUGCAAGGAAAAUCUGGAUUUAACAUUUCAUUUUGUUAUUGCCUUUGGAUGAGUUGUUUCCAACUUCGCUUGACGGGUUGGAGUAGGUAACCAACUGUGCUUCCAGUGGAGGGUUUCAUAUUUGCGACCGCGCACUCUGAAGCGGACUAAAGUUUUCCCAGUACCCGGUGGUCUACCCUACCAGGCAACGCCCGGAACCCGAUCAAUUGAUAACUUUGGAACUUUUUCUCCGAGUGACAAUGGGUCGGGCUGUGGACGCUCUUGCUGCGUUAGCGCUCUCCCUCGCGCUGCUCUGCGUUCCAGGACACCUUGGUCUGGUGCGUGCGUUCGGCGAAGAGACAGAGGAGAUGACGUGCGACCCGAUACGCAUCGCCAUGUGCCAGGACCUGGGCUACAACGUAACCAAGAUGCCCAACCUGGUGGGCAACGUCCUGCAGUCAGACGCCGAGCUCCAGCUCACCACCUUCACACCACUCAUACAGUAUGGCUGUUCCAGCCAACUGAAGUUCUUCCUGUGUGCGGUGUACGUGCCCAUGUGUACAGACAAGGUUCGCAUCCCCAUCGGGCCGUGUGGCAGCAUGUGUCUGUCUGUCAAGAGGAAGUGUCUGCCAGUCCUAAUAGAGUUCGGCUUCGUCUGGCCAGAGCUGCUCAACUGCAGCCUGUUCCCCCCUCAGAACGACCACAACCACAUGUGUAUGGAGGGUCCAGGGGACGAGGACGCCCCUUUCCACCCCGUCCGACCCCUGCCCCCCCAGGAGGAGGAGUGCCAGGCCCUGGGGGCCGGGCCAGACCAGUAUGCCUGGGUGAGGCGGAGCCACAGCUGUGCACUGCAGUGUGGGUAUGACGCGGGGCUGUACCGGCGCGAGGCCAAGGUGUUUACAGACGUGUGGAUGGCAGUGUGGGCGGUGUUGUGUUUCCUCUCUACCACCCUGACCGUCCUCACCUUCCUCCUGGACUCGACACGUUUCUCCUACCCCGAGAGACCCAUCAUCUUCCUCUCCAUGUGCUCCAACCUCUACAGCGUAGCCUACCUGGUGCGCCUGACUCUGGGUCGGGAGCGUGUAUCCUGUGAUCUGGAGGAGGCAGCAGUUCCUGUUCUGGUACAGGAAGGGUUAAAGAGUACCGGCUGUGCCAUCGUCUUCCUCCUGCUCUACUUCUUUGGCAUGGCCUCCUCGCUGUGGUGGGUGAUUCUGACUCUGACCUGGUUCCUGGCUGCAGGGUUAAAGUGGGGUCACGAGGCCAUCGAAAUGCACAGCUCCUACUUCCACAUAGCAGCCUGGGCCAUCCCCGCCGUCAAGACCAUCGUCAUCCUCAUCAUGCGACUAGUAGACGCUGAUGACCUCACGGGGCUUUGCUACGUGGGUAACCUACAGCAAGAGGCCCUAACGGGCUUCGUGGUCGCCCCGCUCGCCACCUACCUCCUCAUCGGGACAUUGUUCAUCUGCGCCGGCCUGGUGGCCCUGUUUAAGAUCCGCUCCAACCUGCAGAAGGACGGGGCCAAGACGGACAAGCUGGAGCGCCUGAUGGUGAAGAUCGGGGUGUUCUCUGUGCUGUACAUGGUACCUGCGUCCACCGUGAUAGGCUGCUACCUCUACCAGCUGUCCCACUGGGGGGACUUCAGGGCCAGGGCCAGGGACUCCUACGUGGCAGCAGAGAUGCUGAGGAUCUUCAUGUCUCUGCUGGUGGGCAUCACGUCGGGCAUGUGGAUCUGGUCGGCCAAGACCCUCCACACCUGGAAACGCUGCUCUGCCCGACUGUGGAGGGACAGCCGGGCAGGGAGGGGCAAGCGGGCACCUGGGGACAGCUGGAUAAAACCUGCCAAGGGCAAUGAGACGGUGGUGUGAGGAGAGAGGGAGACAAAGAGGGGAAGAUAGGAACCGGGUGGCUCUAUAAAGCAAACCUGCCCCCAAACCCACUACUAGAUCCACUAUCUGAUGGAGAGAGUGGAAGAUAAGAACCAACAGAUAAAUAGCACCCCUAAGCAGACAGCGGUUUCCUAUGUGGUUCUCUCCCUACCAGCAGACUAACCCACUGCCAGAGAAGAGACUGACCCUGUAGCCUACAGCAGACUCUGGGCUGAUCUAUAGAACCUGCUGACUUCAGACAGGCGUUUUAAAGGUUGAAUUUACACUGGAGUCAUGGUCCAGAUGUUGUACAGAUCUAAACUACAGCCACACUGAAAUGCACUAUGACUAGCUGAUGUGGAUGUAGUUGGUUAACAUGCCUUAUGAGGAAUGGGAGACUGGGCUGCCCAGACAGCCACACUCUGGACGCUAUGAGGCUAUGCUACUGCAAAGACACUUGGGAUUUGUAGUGACGAGACUCUAUGGUGCUGCAGCUAAGGCACUUGGGAAACGUAGGCCUGUGUCCUUUACCUCAGUCCUCAGCGAGCAGCACAGCUGACCUCCACACAGUCUUAACGAGGAAACAGACACUCAACUAUGAACUCUGAACUUUAACCCUUGACCUUCUCCAGUCACUCAUGGAACCCUUAGGAAUGGCAGUCAGUAAUGAACCGGUGUAAGGUUCUUUCUGUAUUUUUUACCGGUGAUAGAAGUAAAUGGGUUAUUAUUUAAGUUAAAAGGGUUAUUAUGACUGAUGUUAGACAAUCAACCCCCAAAAUACAUUAUACAAAAGCUGUAAUACACCAACACACACACACACACACACACACACACACACACACACACACACACACACACACACACACACACACACACACACACACACACACACACACACACACACACACACACACACACACACACACACACACACACACACACACACACACAGGGAGUCAAACUCAUACAGUCUGUACAGUUACACCCUUGUGCAAUCCACUGCCAUAAAAUUUGCCAUAAAAGCUGAGUUAUUAUUGCAUUAAGCUGCAACCACCAAUAGACAGUCAACACAACACACACAGCAGAGAGACAGUCAAACACAGAGACAGCAGAGAGACAGUCAAACACAAAGACAGCAGAGAGACAGUCAAACACAGAGACAGCAGAGAGACAGUCAACACAACACACAGCAGAGACAGUCAAACACAGAGACAGCAGAGAGACAGUCAAACACAACACACACAGCAGAGAGACAAUCAAACACAGAGACAGCAGAGAGACAGUCAAAUUACUGCAGUCUGUCUCUCUCUCUCUACUCUGUUACUGCAGCCUGUCUCUCUACACUGUUAUUUUAGCCUGCCUCUCUACUCUGUUACUGCAGCCUGUCUCUCUCUCUACUCUGUUACUGCAGCCUGUUUCUCUUUACUCUGUUACUGCAGCCUGUCUCUCUCUCUACUCUGUUACUGCAGCCUGUCUCUCUCUCUACUCUGUUACUGCAGCCUGUCUCUCUACUCUGUUACUGCAGCCUGUCUCUCUCUCUACUCUGUUACUGCAGCCUGUCUCUCUCUCUACUCUGUUACUGCAGCCUGUCUCUCUACUGUGUUACUGCAGCCUGUCUCUCUACUGUGUUACUGCAGCCUGUCUCUCUCUCUACUCUGUUACUGCAGCCUGCCUCUCUACUCUGUUACUGCAGCCUGUCUCUCUCUCUACUCUGUUACUGCAGCCUGCCUCUCUACUCUGUUACUGCAGCCUGUCUCUCUCUCUACUCUGUUACUGCAGCCUGUUUCUCUCUACUCUGUUACUGCAGCCUGUCUCUCUCUCUACUCUGUUACUGCAGCCUGUCUCUCUCUCUACUCUGUUACUGCAGCCUGUCUCUCUACUCUGUUACUGCAGUCUGUCUCUCUCUACUCUGUUACUGCAGCCUGUCUCUCUCUCCUGUGUUACUGCAGCCUGUCUCUCUACUCUGUUACUGCAGCCUGCCUCUCUACUCUGUUACUGCAGCCUGUCUCUCUGUCUACUCUGUUACUGCAGC